AAUAAAGAAUCAUGUAGGUUCAGUACAUUUAUACGCUGCCUGCCUAGCUUUCCAUGCAAAGAUAUGGCGUUCAGAGCUCAAGGCUGUGGUUCGAGAGCCUCCGACCGGAGAAUGCUGGUUGCUAUAGCUUGAGGGGUCUGGCUGGCAUCGACCUUCCUGAUUCCUUCGUCUUCCUCGAUUCGGAGCAGCUCCAGCUGGGACUGCAGCAGCGACAACCGAAGCAACUACCCUUCAACGCCUUGCUUACAGUCAGACAUAGCUCUUCCUCCUCCUCCUCCUUCUGUGUAUCUCUCCCUCUCUCACUCUCUCUCUCUCGCGAGACAGCGGUUGCCCUGUUUCAAAGCCUUCCUCGAGCUCGGUUUGAUUUGGCUUGUGAUGUUGCCCUUGAAGUGAAAUUCAACCUUCUGGUCCAUGUAAAGCAGGACUUUGAUGUCACAUGGAUGUGAGGAUCGGGUUUUUCGUUCUUGUGGUUUUGGGUACCCUGGGGACCUCUAGUGCGAGACAACUGCCCCAUAAUUUGGAAGCAUUGAACUGCCCAGAACAGGUUUAUGUGGUUAGGAAUGACAAGGUGUGCACUUUGUGCAAGGAAUAUGCCACUAUGGCUCUGGAUUACCUGAGCGAAAACAAAACCAAGACAGAGAUCAUUGUGCUUCUUCACCUAAGCUGCUCGCAGCUGCAUGCAUUUAAGGCAGAGUGCGUCAUUCUGGUGGACCAUUAUGCUCCUCUCUUCUUCAACGAGAUCUCUUCAAUUCAACCUGGGGAGUUUUGUAAGAAGGUGGACCUCUGCCAAAAAGUGGCAAUAAUAUCUUCACAAAUCAAGGAGGAUAGCUGUGAAUUUUGUCAGAAUACUGUUUCGGAAUUAAUGGACAAGUUGAAAGAUCCUGAUACCCAGAUGGACAUAAUUCAGCUACUUCUGAAGGCUUGUAAUUCCAUGCAGAACUACGUGAAAAAGUGCAAGAGGAUGUUGUUGGAGUAUGGCCCUCUAAUCAUUGCCAAUGCAGAGGAAUUUCUGGACAAGACCGAUAUCUGCACUGCAGUUCAUGCCUUCUCUGCAUUGUCAACCGUCAAAGAAGUUGCAUUACCCACUACAGAGGAGGUGGUGGUGCUCUCUUACUCGUGAAGUUUGAGGUCACAGUAUAAUAGACGAAUGCAUUAAACCAGCUUCUGUGUGCGCGCUCAUUUAAAAUAUCUACGGGCUGUCUCUCGUCCUGUGCUAAUUGAGCCAUACGACUAUAUGAAAUGGGGAGAUCCCCAACAAGAGAUGUGAUUCUGCACUUAAUGGAAACACUCAGCUGUAUAGGCCUCUUCUGUUGUAUCAUAUAGUCGUUGGUUAUGUAUUUAUUCGUUUGACUUGUUCUGAGUUACAGCACGAAGGGUCAUUUCUCAA